ACGUGUGGCGCCAAAAAAUUCUUUUGAGCAUCUUCUCAAAUAAAAAAACACAAACAAGUACACACAACACAACGCACAAAGUAAGAUAGAUAAAGUGCUUUUCCUUCGUUAAAGAAUUAACGGAUUCAAAAUCUGAAGUGGUACCAGAUCUGUGUCAUUUCAUUUCUCUGCCACUGAAUCAUCAUGGAUGAAACUCUCAUAAAGCGAUUGGAAUCGGCGGUAACACGCUUAGAAGCAUUAUCCACCGGAAUCCACCAUUCCUCUUCGGCGUCCGACGCCUCCGAUGCGGCUUCCGAUCCAUCCGUUGUUGCAUUCGUCGAUCUGAUCGACCAAUACGUCAGUAGGCUUUCGAAAGCUGCCGAUAUUAUUGGUGGACAGGUGCUGGAUGUCACCAAUAGGGUAAAAGAAGCUUUUUCUGUUCAGAAAGAGCUUUUGAUUAAGCUCAAACAAACUCAGAAACCUGACCCUGCUGGGCUGGCGGAAUUUCUGAAACCAUUGAAUGAAGUGAUCAUGAAAGCUUCUUCAUUGACUGAAGGAAGGAGAUCUGAUUUUUUUAAUCACUUGAAGGCUGCUGUAGACAGUCUCUCAGCUCUAGCAUGGAUUGCAUUUACUGGGAAGGAUUGUGGUAUGAGUAUGCCCAUUGCACAUGUGGAAGAAAGUUGGCAAAUGGCUGAGUUUUAUAGCAACAAGGUACUUGUAGAGUACAGAAACAAAGACCCAAACCAUGUUGAGUGGGUCAAAGCUCUGAAAGAGUUGUAUCUACCUGGUUUGAGGGAUUAUGUGAAGAGCUUUCAUCCUUUAGGCCCUGUAUGGAGUCAAACUGGAAAAGUAUUUGCUCCAUCAAAAGUUAAUGCUUCUGCUGCACCUGCUGCACCUUCUGCCCCUCCUCCUCCGCCUGCGUCUCUCUUUAGUUCUGAAUCAUCUCAGGCUUCAUCUUCUAAACCAAAAGUGGGGAUGUCCGCUGUUUUUCAAGAGAUUGGCACAGGAAAUGUCACAGCAGGUCUGAGAAAGGUUACGGAUGAUAUGAAGACUAAGAAUCGUGCAGAUAGAUCUGGAGUUGUUGGCAAUUCUGUAAAAGAAAGUCAAGCUGCUCCACGUGCAUUUUCUAAAGUAGGACCUCCAAAGUUAGAACUUCAAAUGGGCCGCAAGUGGGUUGUUGAGAAUCAAAUUGACCAGAAAAGCUUGGUCAUUGAAGAUUGUGAUUCAAAGCAGUCUGUAUAUGUUUAUGGAUGUAAAAACUCUGUGUUGCAGAUUCAAGGCAAGGUCAACAAUAUAACUAUUGACAAUUGCAAAAAGACGGGAGUUGUAUUUAAGGAUGUUGUUGCAGCUUUUGAGGUCGUAAACAGUAAUGGGGUUGAGGUUCAAUGCCAGGGUUCUGCUCCUACAAUUUCGGUGGACAAUACUUCUGGCUGCCAAAUAUAUCUGAGCAAAGACUCAUUAGAAACAUCCAUAUCUACAGCAAAGUCCAGUGAGAUCAAUGUAUUAGUUCCAAAUGUUGAGUCUGAUGGUGAUUGGGUGGAACAUUCUUUACCACAACAGUACAUUCAUUUAUUCAAGGAAGGCCGUUUUGAAACAACUCCAGCUUCUCACUCUGGAGGUUAAAUUGAUUGGCAAUUGAGAGUUUCUUAUCAUUUUUAUAUCAUCUUUCUUUGGAUUGCUGUGGGAGUGCCUUCAAUUCCUUGUUUCUCUGAUUCAUUUACUAAUACAAUCAUACAUAUAUAUUUGUUUACCACUCUUUCUUGACUGCAUGUGCUUGUUAUUUUUCCGAUGGCUUGUUGAACCAUCGGAAACAUCCAUAUUUUUUUUGGGGUGUGUGUCAGAGUUUUGAUUCUGCUCGAGCUUUUUCUUUUGUUCGUUGCAUUAUGCAAUUGAACUAUUAGGUUUUAGAGGACCCAUAUAUUUAUCUUGAUAUCUUGGUUUGAUUCUCAAAGUUUUGCAUAUUUUUGAGCACUGAACAAUGAUUUACUUGAUGAUUUCUGAAAAUUGUUUUUCCGUCUGUUUGAGUAUAAUUAUUACCCCAGUUUGUAACGAGAAAAUAACGAGUUGAUGA